AUCAACUGAUGGACACAGAAGCUCACUGGCUUUCUCUUUCACUGCUCUAUAUCCUGUCUUUUCUGGACAAGGCGUCAGUUGUUUUGUGGACUUUCUUUGUGUUUUCUUCUUUGACUCAUCUGCGAGCCUGAUUGCCUGCUCACCUGCGUCCAUAUCAACCCUUCCUUUUCCCCUGCUCUCCUUUUCCUCCCAUCUUCCACCAAUCCCUGUCUCCUUGUGCGUGGUUUUGGGCUAUGCUCUCCUCACCCACUGUGAUUCUCCAGCCUUAUGGACUCCCUGUCUACCCACAGACAACCACAUGCUAUCCCAGCAUAGUUCAGGGCGGCCCCACGCAGGAGGCUGGCCCCGGCAGUGGCGACCCCACCCUGCCUCAGGUCUACGCCCCUCCUCCCUCCUACCCCCCACCAGGUCAAGGUCCGCCAACAUCUGCGGGCAGACUGCCACCUCUUGAUUUUAGCUCUGCACACGGUGGCUCAGAGUACGCCGAACAUCCACAACUCAGAGUCUAUCAGGGCCCUCAGCUCGAUGGGGCCGAGGCUCUGACAUCCAGUAACACGGAGGAUGUUUUGGCCCCUGUGACCUCUGACCCCCAGUCUUUGAGCGUGUCUGUGGCAUCAGGGGGCGGAGCAGGAAGUGGGAGUGAUGAGGAAGGGUCAGGUAAGGCCCAACCGAAACGCCUCCACGUCUCCAACAUCCCGUUCCGCUUCAGAGACCCAGACCUCCGCCAGAUGUUCGGGCAAUUUGGCAAGAUCCUUGAUGUCGAAAUUAUCUUCAAUGAGAGGGGGUCCAAGGGCUUCGGGUUUGUCACCUUCGAGAGUGCAGCCGAGGCUGACCGGGCAAGAGAAAAGCUCAAUGGGACAAUUGUGGAAGGGAGAAAGAUCGAGGUUAAUAACGCCACUGCGAGAGUGGUCACCAAGAAGCCCCAGACGCCUCUUGUGAACGGUGAAAUUUCAACUUCCGGGUGGAAGAUCAAUCCUGUCAUGGGGGCGAUGUACGCACCUGAACUCUAUACAGUUGCCAGUUUCCCGUACCCCGUAGCAACUCCAACCUUGGCCUACCGGGGCUCUGCUGCGUUGCGUGGUCGAGGCCGAACCGUCUACAACACGAUUCGCUCUGCUGCAGCCACGCCUGCUGCCAUGCCCGCCUACCCCGGGGUUGUAUAUCAGGAUGGACUGUAUGGAGCAGAAGUUUAUGGUGGCUAUCCUACAGCUUACAGAGUGGCUCAAUCAGCCUCUGCUGCCACAGCAACCUACAGUGAUGGAUACGGACGGGUUUAUACGACAGCUGCAGAUCCCUAUCACCACUCGGUUGGACCAACAACGACAUAUGGAGUUGGUACAAUGGCCAGUUUGUACAGAGGAGGAUAUAACCGCUUCACCCCGUACUGAGCUGCCCUGGCUUAGGAGGGGGAGGGGGGCGUCUCUCUGGAAUUCUGGGGAUUGGCCGAUCCGUGGAUGCUGCAGGACAGAUUAUGAGGUCCUUAAAUUUGGAACUGGUUUUUCCUCCUGUCUUCAUCACAACCUCUCCUCAAGAGACUAAACAGACUGAAGUUGUAAAUACUGUAGGACCCAUUUAUUGCCCAUUCUACCGAUGAGUACUGAGUACCUGGACGAGGUUAUGUAAUAUAUAGUUGCUUAAAAACCUUUAAGGGAUUUUUGUUUUCUGAAUUUAAAGAGUGCUGAUGUUGGUAGAUGGCUCACACUAGAGCAGGUGGAAAAUACUGUGAGAAUUACUUUUUGUGAGUAAUAAGUUUCACGGGUCAAACUACAAAAAAAAAAGAACAUUUUGUACAAUGUUUUGAUGUGCGUGUGUGUGUGUGUGCGUGCGUGCGUGUGUGAGCAUAUGCGUGUGAGGUCAUGCACCAACAACAUUUAGUUUAGUUACCCAGUCGACUGAGAGACAUCAGCGACACUGGUAUCAUUAUUUCAAACAGAACUAAUGUUUGUCUCCAUAGUUGGCAUAUCAUUUGUUUAUUUUGUUUUUUUGCCUUUCUAACAAUCUACCUCUCACACAUGUAGCUUUUAAUACAGCUGUCAUUAUUAACUCUGUAUCGCUUCCUGUAUCUUUGGUUCUGCAGAGCCUUCUUUUCUUUCCACUUUUCCAUCCAUAAAUCUACUAACAUGUUUCUGUGGCUCUGUAGCUCACCACCUGACGAGCUUGAUGCCUUAUCCAGUGCGUUCUGUUAUUUCUCUAGGGAAGAUUUAUUUUUCGUAGCUGCUACAUACCCCCCUAUUUUACACUCACACAGUUAUACACAUUCAGAGCUGGUAGUAGCAGUAAGAAGCGGUCUUUUGCUGUGCUUUACUCACACAAACUGAGGAAUAAAUCAGCAGAAUCUUCUAGCAUUUUCUUAGGUUGCCUUUUUUCUUCUUUUCCUGUAUUUUCUCUCUCCUUCUUCACUCAGAACUAUUGAAUGACUUCUUGACUUGUAUUGAUAAUUUCUUCACUGCCUUGUCUUUUGUUUCUGUUCCACUCUUUUCUGCUGUGUUUGAUGUUUACCUCUAAAUAAAAUUGUUUUCUCUCUCUUCUC